GGGGCCGGGGAGGUGGCGGCCUCGGAGGGCUGGGCCGAUCGUCCGCAGAGGCGUGUGCCCGGGACCGCGUGGACGCCCCCCGACCCCUCGGGCCGUCCCAGCCCCCCAACCUUGAGCUCGGUGGGCUUCACGGGGCCGAUGGGGCGGGACCUGCGGGGCCCGCGGGGCCCGGGGCUGGGGCUGGGGCUGCGGCUGGUCCUGGGGGCGCUGGGGCUGGGGCUGGGCCUGGCGACGGACCCCGGCUGCCACUCGUUCGGCGGGGGGCACGUGUACCCGGGCCAGGCCCCCCACCCCCGCCCUCACCACGACGACCACCACCUGCACCGAUCCCCAGACCCAGCCAAGGCCCAGAUCUCCCAGUCGGCACCUUACUGGGAAGGCACGGCGGUGAUCAACGGAGAAUUCAAAGAGCUGAAGCUAACAGAUUACCGAGGGAAAUACCUCGUUUUCUUCUUCUACCCACUUGACUUCACUUUUGUAUGUCCAACCGAGAUCAUCGCCUUUGGAGACAGAAUUGCAGAAUUCAGAGCUAUAAAUACCGAAGUGGUGGCCUGCUCUGUCGACUCACAGUUCACCCAUCUGGCCUGGAUCAACACGCCUCGGAAACAAGGAGGGCUCGGGCCCAUGAAGAUUCCUCUUCUCUCGGAUUUGACUCGGCAGAUAUCGAAGGACUACGGGGUUUACCUGGAGGACUUGGGACACACUCUGAGGGGCCUCUUCAUCAUCGACGACAAAGGAGUCCUCCGGCAGAUCACGAUGAACGACCUCCCGGUGGGCAGAUCGGUGGACGAGACGUUACGCCUGGUGCAGGCAUUCCAGUACACGGACAAACACGGAGAAGUCUGCCCCGCCGGCUGGAAACCCGGGAGCGAAACGGCGUCCCCGCAGAUACGAUCCCUGCCCUCGGGGAGCUCGCAGUGUUGCGGAGCCAGGGCAGCGGUUCGCGGUAGAAGCCGGGGACGGAUCGCCAGAGAAGAUGAGGUCCCUGGGCCACGGGGAAACGAAACUGAGCCAGUCCAGGCUUCGUGGACGUUUCCCUCCGCCGACUGGGCAACGUAAGAUCCGGAAGCAUUCACUCAUUCAUUCCAUCGUAUUCGAGCGCUUAACGUGUGCAGGGCGCUGUACCGAGCGCUUGGGAGAGGACGACGUAGCGACAACCGUAAGGAAGGCGGGAUAGGAGAAGUCCUUGGAUUAUCCCUUCUCUCAAAAUAAGUCUGGCGGCUUUGGGAAAAUAGGGGCCGGGUAGGAGAUGGCGAGGCGGAGGAGGGUGCGAGAGCGGGGUUGAUUUCGGGGUCCACUCCAGCCCCUCGGGAAACUCUCAGCACAUCCCGUGCACGCCCACGCUUCGACGACCGCGUGGGCCGUUAAAGGCCGCACCUGAGCCCCCCAACGGAUAAACGUUCCCCGCACAAGCCGCUCGGACGCUAGAACCGUUAACGGGGAAGGGGGAGACGGAGCCGGCUAAAUUAAAGAUCCAUCGAAGCCCAGAGCCGUGCCUCUCGGU